GUAAAACCUUAAGGCAGGUCGCGGGGGUAGAAGUUGCCCGCUUGCCACCGUCGCGUUAGCGUGUCGCUGGAGUCGGCGACUGUCAACGCGACGAUUGGUCAACGGUCUCGAAAGUGGGGCUCCUAGGGAAAUAAGUGGAAAGGAUCGGGCUACGCAAGGGGGUUGUGGACAGCAACGAGAAGUGAGAGGGGGUGCAACGAACCCUCUAGGCUCGGUUCGAGUCUACGGAGCGCGGAGUUGUGUUCUAAUCAUGGCGACACCCGACCCCGUAGACCCAGCCACCCUAGAGAUUAAGACCCGUAGCAUAGAACAGACACUACUCCCACUAGUAAAACAGAUCUCUACGUUGGUGUCGCACAGAGAACGUCCGCUAUGUUCGGACAGAAGUCUCCGUGCAGUAGCCAGAGUCGGGCAAGCCGUGAAUCUGGCGGUCGAGAGGUUCGUCACCGUUGGCGAAACCAUCGCAGAUGACAAUCCAGAGAUCAAACAGGACAUGUACGAGGCAUGCAAGGACGCAAGGGUUGCCGGCUCGGCGAUCGAGAAAUUAUGCGAAUGCGCGAUGGAGGACAGCCUAGCUGACCGAGGCUCCGUCGUCAGGGCGGCUAGAUGUCUUCUCGGUUCUGUGACGAGGGUUCUUUUACUGGCGGACAUUGUCGUGGUCAAGCAACUCCUUCUUGCGAAGGACAAGGUGGCUCGCAGCCUUGGCCGCCUUGAAAGUGUCUCGAACUUCACCGAUUUCGUGAAGGCAUUCAGCCAAUUUGGAGCGGAAAUGGUGGAGCUUGCUCACCUGACAGGUGAUCGCCAAAAUGAUCUGAAAGAUGAGCGACGAAGGGCCCAGAUGGCCGCUGCUCGUCAAGUUUUGGAAAGGAGUACCAUGAUGUUGCUCACGUCUAGUAAAACGUGCUUGAGGCAUCCAGAGUGUCCAUCUGCCAGGGAGAACAGGGACACCGUGUUCUGCCAGAUGAGAAGAGCCAUGGAUUUGAUACACUACGUCGUCAAAGAUGGCGUCCUAGACUGCAGCGACUCACAGUCGUACUCGAACUCCCAGAGUCCACAACAAGAGGACUGGGACAGCAGCACGGCUUUUUCCGCAUUGAAGCACUUCGAGAGACUUGUGGAAACUACAAGAAUGACCCUCCUUGGACCAGGUUGUCGAGAAACGCUCACGUCCGCGCUCGAUACCGUCGUCGAAAGGACACAGGACUUCACUGACAGCGCAUACACCAGCCACGAACACAGAGAGAACAUCCUUUUGCUUUGCGAUCGAGCAAAACUCGAGCUCAAUACGUUACUGCGAAUCGGGAACAGCAUGAACUACGAAGGUGGCGGUGGUUCUCCGAGUUCGGAAAUGGAGCAAGCCAUGCUGGGAGUAUUACGUACCACCAGGGAUCUUCGCCAGCAGCUCUGCGCAACGACGAUGGAGCAGGCGGGUGAUCUCGGACAGGUAACCAAAGCGGGCCAAGAACUUGUGUCAACAAUCAGGAAUCUCGCUUUGGCUAACGAUAUAAAUCGUCUCCAAGAGAGCAGCGACAGAUUUCACGAGUACAUCGACCACAUCCUCGAAGUAUGCAAAUUGCUGAGACAUGUUGCGCUUUCGGAGUCAUUGCAAGUUUCUGCGAAAUUCACUGAAAUUAAUUUGAGAAUAUACGGACCCCAAGUGGUGACAGCGGCGCAUACAUUGGCAAGGCAUCCUACUAGUAAAAUCGCCAAGGAAAAUCUCGAAGUAUUCGCUGACAUGUGGCAAUGGCUCAUGAAUGACGUGACUACAGUGGCGAAAGAUGUGCUCGAAUUGAAUCAGAGUCGACCGGAGAAGCAAGUAUAUAUGUCCUUGCCACGGCCAGGAAAACACGGCACCACGAGCAAGCCGCUGAAACCCGUGAGAUUAGACAGCGAGGAGCAGGCAAAGAUCGCAAAGGCGGGCCUGGAGAUGAAGCUGAUCACGUCGGAGAUGGACGCGGAAACGGAGAAAUGGCAGGAGAGCGGUAGCGCCUUGGAGGAGAAUAACGACAUCGUGAAACGCGCGAAAAACAUGUCAUCGAUGGCGUUCUCCAUGUACCAGUUCACCAGGGGCGAGGGCGCCCUGAAGACCACCCAAGAUCUGUUCACCCAAGCUGAGUAUUUCGCCGAAGAGGCGAACAGAUUGUACAAGGUUGUGAGACAAUUCAGCUACCAGGUACCAGGGGGACCGCACAAGAAAGAACUCCUGGAGAACCUCGACCGUGUGCCGACGUACGUCCAGCAGCUCCAGUUCACCGUGAAAAACCCCACCGUCGGGAAAGCCGCCACCUUCACGAAAGUCGAUAACGUAAUUCAGGAAACAAAGAACCUGAUGAACGUGAUUUCGAAAGUGGUCACCACAUGUUUCGUCUGCGCCACAAAGUACAACCUGGAUUUCCGAGGUCUGUCGGCGCGUGGGGCCGGCGGCUCGCCGUACAGGGGCGGAGAGGGUGCAGGCGCCGAUGGCGACGGCGGCGGUGCUGGUGUCGACGGCAGCAAGACGGGCUCCGCCCCCGGCAGCGACCCGUCCGUCUGACAGUUUGGGAUGGCCCGACGGGCCAAGGGGGACGCUCGCCGCACUCGGGUUUCCUUUUUGCUUUUCUAAGAAGAACCUCGCCUGCCCCAGCAAAGCAUACACGUUAAGUUGCCGUCGAACGAUCGAAUCAUCCGCUCGCUCUCGAUAAAAUGUUAUUAGCCGCGCGGAUCGCAUCAAAACUCUAACCGCGCGGCAAAGGUCGUCGAAAACAGACAUAAGAUCGACGAGAGCGAGUGACUAGAAUGCAUCGGCGGAGCUGUGAAAUAUUACAGCAGUCGACAACUACUCGAGGGAGGAAGCCUCUACCUGGGACGGUUCGAAAAAAAGUGCUUCGGAACUUUUUCGGGACAAACGGAAAAUUGUCUGGUUAUGAGUUUGGGGUGUGUGUCCCAAUUUUUGUAUGUAAAAGUAUCUGAAAUUGACAAAAUUGCGGCGUUGUAGUUUCUUUUAUACUCAGGCUCAAUGCUGGAUUAUCUGACAUUCAGAACAAGCAUUUUUUAAUGACAUAUUAAGUUACAUAUGUAUCGUGAGAAUUUUUUUUUUGAUCUUAGUUCUUAUUUUAUGUCUGAGAAAUAAAAUAAGCGUUUUAAUUAGCGUUUUUCAAGGCUAAAAUGCUUAUAGUCACACGGAAUAUUCAUGUAUAAAUCGACAUCGUCGCAAGUUUCUUAGUUUAACAUAUUCGUAAAUACAAAAAUUACAAUGCCUGCUCUUAGAAAUGUUUUUUUGAAUACUUUAAAACUUGCUACCAGAAAUUUUCGAUUUGUUCAAAAAAAAUUCAUAAACUGAUUCCUUUUUGGUGCGUCUUAGGUUGGCUUACUCCCUUAAAUUUCUCGUGUCCGCGAUUUUGUGAUAUCUUACUACUAUGUACUGGUGGAGCGAGCGGCCUAGUCCCCUUGCCCCGGUCCUCUUCACUUUGUAGACACUCGGCAACUUAACGUGGUAGCACUGUACACGCACGCUGGUACUCGUUAAACGAACGUUUAACAUGUUUCGAAGGGAUUUCUCUUCCACUAAAAACACCUCGCGGGGUUUUUAAAUGUAUGCUUUAGAACUCUGGAAGGGAUGGUUUGGCAUCAACGAAGUUGGUUGGUGUGGAUUGGGUUUGGUAUUAUUUGACAAUUCGGCGUUGACACUAGGGCUGAGACUAUUCGAAUAAUCGAAGGAAAAAGUAUUUUUAAUCCGAACAUCGAUUUAAUUUACUCAGUUAGAUCUUUAAAAGGAGCGGUUUAUUAUAUUUAUACCUGCUAGGUUUCAGGCUUGACGACUGCAAAAAUUAAUGUAAGUGCAAAUAUGUUCGCGAAUAAAAAGAUAGCCGUGACAAUUCACUUGUAAACUAAGCUACACGGAAAACUAAGAGUAAUGCUCGUGGAUAGAAUUAAAAAAGAAGAGAUUUCUCUUAAUUAUUCUUUGUAGCUCCUUACAGUGUUUGCAAUGCUGACACCACGUAGAAACAUUUUCUCUGGAAAGAACCCUUCACGGAAUCUUCAUACAGUAGUAAUUCCAAGAAUUCGAGGCCUAAGUACUUUGAAUACUUUAUCAAGUGAGUUAUAAAUUUUUAAUUUUCAUCAGUUUAUCUCUAAAAAAUACUGUAACUUCAUCAAGGAUGAAUAAUUUUGCUGGUAUCGAAGUAAAAUUAAAACUCAUUUUAAGGUCUAUUUCAAUAUCACUUGGCCCCUAAGAGUAUUAUUAAAAAAUAUUUAAUAAUACGUGUAAAAACAUUUCCAUGGAAUUUCGUUGAUGCUGAAUUGUAAGAAUCUUAUUGCAGUGUUAAAAUAAAUUUGAAUUUUUCCACAAAUACAAUUCAAGCGGGAUGCAGUAGUAUCACUUGAAACAUUACUAUAAUUCUCAGUCUAUUAUAUUCUAUUCUUCCACAAGUAUUUAUAACACUGAGAAGUCCCUUCGAAAAAUCAAAUUCUUCAUUUGAUGCAACAGAAACUGAUUUCCUCCGAGAGCAUCUUCGACAGAGCACAAAUUCUCGAAGUUUCGUUUAAUUUUUAAGACGUUCAACAACGAAUACAAAAUGUCGUUCUUCUCAAAAGUAAACCAGAAACGAACGUCGAUUGAGAUUUUCAUUACGUGACUUCAAUCAAGAUGAUUGCAACGGUGCUACAUGGCCAAUUUAACUUGGCUUCGUGAUCGAAUAAAAAAUUAAAUAGGUUGAUAAGCUGAUCGCGGAAUUGUUUACAGCUAUAUUGAUUCGAAUUCGAAUUUGUACGCAACGAUUGAUCUUUGAGGACGCUUACUUUCCAUAAUGAUUGGCGGAUCAUCGACGUGUACGUUUCGAUUGUAAUUGCUUCGAACGCGAAGCUACGUUCCAGCGAUUAAUUCACGGUACACGUUUCUGCGUUGCUCAAUAUAGAAAAUUCGCGGGCUUUCCGCUUGAAUGACACCGUGUAAGAGCGAUCGUACGGUCGCUGAACGUGACUGCCAUGAAACACGACGAGAACCAAGGAAACCAAAUGUACGCACGCUUUUUACACGAAAACGCACGCGUCCCGAACGUGACGUUCGAUUAGCAAAACGUUCACGAUUUCUCCAAGUAAAAACCAUUUACUCGUGAUUUGUGCUUUCAGCGAUCGAUAAUGCGCUGAAACCACGAGUCUUCGAAUUUUCUAACACAUUAAUUUCCUUGCUUCGUUCGGAAGAGUCCAAGGGACACUCUGUCGAGUAAUUAUGUCAAGUUUCUAAAAAAUCGAUGCGUACUUUUAACCUGCAGUCACCUCGAUCAGUCGGUGACUAAACGAGACACGAGUUAACAUCAUUCGAAGCACACGAUUCAGCAAAUACUUUUACGCUUGAAUUUCAACGCGCGGAUGACCCUGAAGAAUGGAAAAGUUUGACUAAGCGAUCGAAAAUUCAGGGAUCGUCGCGCGCGUAUUGAAAUUCAACGUCUUCGAUGGCAAUAACACAGCCAUAUCAGAGAAGUCUAUGUCUAAUGCGUGCAGGGACAGCUUCAACUAAUUGAUAGCCGCGGCAAGAAACGCUUUACGCUGCUUGAACUUGAAGCCAUUUUGCCGAAGCAAUAAUCAGCCCCGCUAGCUCUUUCGUCGACGGCACUAUUAUAUGUAAAUCGCUCUAGUGUUACGUUUCCCUGGCAUCUCAAGACUUCGGGGUAUUCUUAGCGAUUCGCGUGGAAAUCGUUCGACUGUCUGUGUUAUUUGGAACGGCGAACGAAGGCUUGAGUGGCAGCGGAGGAAAAGAUUGAACGCAGCUUGCGGCACGUUUCGUCAUUAACGACUGGGAAUUUUGUACAGACAAUUCGUACUUCUAUUUCGAUUUAAACUCGCUGGAUUGCAAUAAUCGUACGAUAACUCUGCACGAAGGAAACGUUCUUCCAUGUAGGAAAGUUGGUGCAACGACAAUAAAUCGGACCGUCAAUUGGAGUGCCUUUUAGGGGUGAAAUAUUUACAGGCCAACUUCCACUUACGCGUCUCACCAACUUCGAUCUUUAAAGAAUUCCUGGUAGUGCAGAGCAACUCUCACUGAAUAUUCUUCUUUCUUUUUAAAUUCGUUAUCGUCGUUAACACAGCGUGCCGCGAAACGUAGGCGCUUGCCGAGUAUUUUCUUUCAACAUUCAGCUAUGUCUAAACGAUAUUUUGCUAACUAGCAUUUGGCAGGGUGCUAUACACUUCAAUAGUGCAGUCCUGCUUACAUGUACAUUAGUCGUGCGUGGAAAAGCGUGGAAUCUGGAGUUUCGACUCUUCGAGGUGUACUUUGCAAAAUUAUUUAGGCAACACUGUGAAGGAAACCUCGUGAAGAAACCUCGCUGGGGGCGACCAUGAAAUGAGAGAAAUGCUUUUAAUACAAAAGUGUUUUGACGUUCUACCUGGGAUGUAAGACAUCCUGUGGCACUUACGAAUGUUUAAACAGCUUUAAACAUAAGUCGAGAAAAUCACCUCGAAUGUCACUAUUUGCCGCUACAUCAGGGGUAAUAUAUAUUGAGCGAUAAGCAUAUUGAGUUCUCGAAGUCAUAAGCUAGUAUUGCAUAGAACCAACCCUUGUGUUUAAUUGUAUAUCGAACCAUAUCAAUCUUGAUCGAGUUUGUGAAGAUUACACAAGGCUUUUACAUAAUAUUGCCUUAUGAAAACAUGUAAUACACAUAGUUUUGCAAGUCCAGUCAUUUUUACUCAUAAAUCCUUAACAGAGAGGCGUGUUUCAGAUCGUUGAGUUUCAAUUACAAUAGGAUUCAAUUAAUACACUCGUGACAGUAAUACAAUCGACAUAAGACUUGACGACCGAGAGUGACAUAAUUCUUUCAAUUUAACAAAGCAAGUCACCCAGAGGAAGUCGAAAUACCUAGCAUAAUAAUUGUUCACCUGAAUCAGAUUCCACGCUGAGCUCCAAAACGAAUGGAACCGUCACGAUGAGGCUGUUCGUUUCACGCUUUCUGCACUCGAGCACCGUAGUCCGCGAGCGACGCCAAGCUGCAGUUUUUGCGAUUUGUUGAAUCACCGAGAGCAGAAGCUUAACACAAUGGGGCAGGAGAUGGUCGUCGAGGGUAACCUGGGUGCGGCAGCAGGGCGGUCAGGGACGUACUUUGUGGCAAAGACACCUUGGCUCACUAACCGAAAUCUCGUGGUUCGAGCGCCGUUUGACGUACAAAUAAAGCCUACCCGAUGCUCGAUUCGACGAAACGCGAUAAUCACGUUUUCGCCUCCGGGCGAUGAAGAAAACCAUUCCCCGGGCGUCCAGGGAAGCAUGCGUUCUCGAGUCCCCUUAACUACUCGCCGUCGAAUCAAGUACUCGGAACAAAGCUUCCUUCAUAGUGCCACAAAAGAAACACGAUCGUAAUCGUAAUACGUCUUUGAACCCGCUGACAAAACGAACCGAUUAUCUUCCAAACGAGAGAUAUACAUAGACGAACGAUGAUCACCUAUUCUAACAAAUCAGUCCACGUGUCAGAGUUGCUCGGAUCUCGAAGCCGACGUUCACGAAGAACACUCGCCCCUUUUGUAUUUUAACGUAUACGCAAACCUGGUUCGCGUCACGUGUAUACAUUGAAUGUGUAAGUUGCAUAAUGUUACGUGUUUAAUGGUUGCAAAGAGCUAGUCAUAACGUAUAAACAGAGUUGCGCAGAAUUACAAUUGAAUCACUCCAUGAAAUAUCACUGCAGAGUAAUUCAAUUAUAUUGCGAUUUGUAAUUCAGAGGUCUCGUUCAAUUAUAUUGUUGUAAUGAAAGAGAUGUAAUAAAAGCUAGAAACAAGCUACUAGACAGAAGUAAUCACCACUGACGAAUAUGUUAUUAUUCAUCAAUUUUUACUGGAAAGCUGUAUUUCAGUAACUUUGCAUUUCAAUUACAUUGUAAUUCAAUUAGAUUCACGAUAACAGUAAUUAGCCAUUUAAUUAAUUGAAAAGUUUUAAUUAUGUAAUUCGACUGCAACGUGAUUGAAUUACCACGCAAUUGGAGUACAAUGUAUUAUAACUAAAUUACAGUGUAAUUCAAUUGAAACAAUUGUGCGUAUAAGUGUUCUUUGUGUGCGCGCAAACCAACCUCGAGACUCUAUCGCGUAGCCUCUUGUAAACAUCAGCUGAUACUUUGUACGAUUAGUUUGAUGCUUGGUGUCCACUGGAGAACCUUUUUUCUAGAAAUAAUAGCUCCUUCUCGUAUUAAUACACUUUGAGCAGAUGAAUACCGAGACGACUGCUAGCACGCAGACUAUUGCGCGUACUAUACGAACUUUCGACUGGACACCUAGCAUAAGAGCAACUCUUGCGAUCUUCCACGAAUCCAUUCGAUCGCACGAGACAACGUGACGAUGCUGGACAAGCGCUAUCCUCUUAAAAGGAGUAAGACCUGUCCAGGGACGCUCAAAGUCGCAUUUUCGAAAAUACCACUAAUCGUGGAGGUUAAUUAAAAGCGAUCUUAUGCAUCCUAAUGCGUCGGUAUACGUUGAAGUCGACGAGCGACGACGCAAACGUAAAUACGUCUGUACAUACAGCAUUAAGCUCGCGAAUAACGUCGACCAGUCAUGCAUUUCUUGUUACCUACGAGUAUAUACAGGAUCGAUUCUGUAUGUAUCAUACAGAGUUGGCACAAAAUGGGAUUAUACUUUGUAGAGUAUUCUUCAUCGGCGAGGCAAAGUCGAUGACGUUAGAUUUACAAGCCGACAGCUUGUCCGCGGAUGUCCUCCUCGUCGAGUCGACUUUUCUUCAUCAACGACCGCGGAUCGGCCCUUGAAAUCGACGCGUGUAACUUUAGAAAUCGGCACGGUUCACGGAAAUCGUUGAUCGCCGAGGCGCCAAAAAAAAAAAAAAAAAAAAACCGGAAACGAGGGCCUCGCAAUCGCCAGGGCAUUAACGAUGCCCUCAAGAUGUUCCUAGAGUGUAAUUACGCGGAUAUAAGCGGUAUAAGCGUACGCGUAACCUCGCAGGAAUGUAAUACCGAGACGUUUGUUACAAGUUGUAACACACGUACGCGACGCGUUUGUACAAACACUGUAUCAUACCUUAUCGCGGUCUUUAGUGUAUAGAGUUCGUCAGUUACGGGAGGGAAGGGGAUUAAGCUUAAGUUUUUCUUUUUGUAUAAAACAGCACAAAUAUUUUGUAAGGGAACGGCCGGUGAGUUUGACGUAAGAGUUGAGUUUCCAUUAUUAUCCGAUCGCGUUAGUAGCAGGGCCAGCUGGAAUCUAGCUAGAGACGAUCUGCGAAGAUCGGUUCCCAGAUCUCAGGGAUCAUCGAUACGGAUGUGUUAUUCAUCUUUGACUUCUUGGUUGGUUUUAGGAAUUACAAGCUGCUGGGGAAUUUUCGGGUGAAAGUAAACAUAUUAAUUAAUUUAUUUUUUUUUAUUUUUUUUUAGUUAUUUGGAACAAAGUAUUUCUUGAACACCUUCUUUAUUAUUCGAUGGAUACAUUCAGAGUGUUCUGUGUGGCUCCUUUCAACUCGUACAGGGAACCGUAAAUUUAUCAAACAAAUUAUGGUCCUUAUUUUUUUAAUCUUUUCAAUCAAAUUUUUAUUCUUGGGUCAUUUGAAGACACAAAUGAGUGUUACUUCUCAAGUCUUACUUCAUUUAUUCUUAGCAUAAUGAUCAAAUCCUAUCUGUUCUAUAAAUUAAGGGUUUUGCUUAUUACGAAAUUGGAUCAUGCAUGAAUGAAUAAUAUCUCAAAUUAUCAAUUUUAAGAUAAUUGAUCACAAUUAACAGUCGUACUGCAGUUUUAUAUUAAUAACAUACCAAAUUAUAUUCAACGAAUAUUUGAAGUGUUGAUAAUCAAGGGUUGAUUAAGUCAAAUUCGUCUAAAUGUUAGAUAACACGUUCGCUAAUUCCAAGAUCUGGCGAUGCAUCUUCGCCUCGGAUUGACUUCGUUGUUUCCUAUCGAGUGGAGUUCUCAUCGCAUAUAGCAUAAACCGAUGUGGUGAUAGUGCGCAUAGAUCAUUACUAUUAUAGCUGUUACAUAGAGUCAGUUCGUAAAUGUAACGUGUAUCGAUAAUAUCGUUAGGUAUACAAUGAUAACAGUUAACGGUAACGUCUCGAAAUUAGACGCUAGCAUCCACGGUCGUGACAAUUACGGUCUCGCAAAAGGGUCGCCAUUGAAAUUCGAUAACGAUUCUUCAUUAUUUUUCUUCUUUUUUCCAGCGCGGCGACGAAAGUUACGAGCAAAUCGUAAUCUCCCUCGCAUGUGUGUACGUCAUCUCGAAUUUACCAUGGUGUAAUUCUACCUCAAUUCCGUAGUUUAGACACCUCCGAAAAAAUUUCGUCGUCGAUUAAACGAUGCUUAGGUAUUCGCUAGGUUCCCGAGUCAAGUUGAUCCCUUUCGACAUACGUAAAUUAAUCGAUAUUAUAGUCUCGCGAAGAUACAUGGGCACGUGUGCUGGAGACCUGGAGAGAAUGUCCCGGAAUGGAAUUCAAAUUGAGCAGAAACUUUGAUUUUUGUCGUUUAGAAUUUCGUAUCGCACGAACUAACGACUAAUGGCAUUACUGUUGUGAAUGAAAUUACUGUUAUAAUUUAUGGGUGGAAAAACGAUUUUCUGUCGCAUUAUAAUCGUGGCUCAGGGGCAUUCUUGCGAUGGAAAGUAUAUCGGCACGAAAAUAAAGAUACGAAAAAGAAACAAUUGAACGAAAAGCAGAAGAAAUAGCGUUCGUUCGAUGGAACGAGACUUUUUCAAAGUAUCUAGCAAUGAUCGCGAAACGCUUUUCCACGAGCUCAUUGUUGCCGUCGGUUGUGCCUGUCUCUUCUAAAAUUAUACAAAAGGUUGCUCGAAACACACCGUGCACCCUGCAUAACGUUCGCUUGUAGCCCUUCGUGCUCCGAUUAAGAGACCCGACGCUAGGUGUAACGAAUAAAGUAUAGUGCAAAUUCUAAUAUUAAUAUACACGCAUUACUAUUACGUAAUAUUGAAUAGCGAUGACUACUGUUGGACUAUUUCGUGCCUGUGGUGAAAUAUUAUCGGGUUAUCGUAUAACUGUCUCCAGAUAUUAAUUAAAAAAAAAAAAAAGAAAGAAAAAUAAAAAAAAUGACGAAACAGCCUUGUCAACAAACAUUUGCAAUCGGGGAAGCGUGAUUCGCAGGGCAAUCGGGUCGAGACGCGAGAAAUAAAUGCUACGAUCGUACUCUCCAUUUUUGUAAUGGUUCUGGUGCAGUGGUUGCUAACUUACGAUUACUUAAUUUUCAAAAAUUUCUCUUUUACUAUUCUACCGUACUUUGUCAUCUGUCAUUUGACCAUCUGUGAAUACAUAUACGUGUAUAUACAUGUAUAAGAUUUGAAAAUGUAGUUGAAAGAAUAUUAUGAAAUUUGUAUAAAAGCUUUAUAAACCUUUCACGGUUGGCGACCACUGAUUUAGUUGACUAUUUGUGCGUACUGUGCCUCGUACAUCGUCGUUUUGAUAUAUCAAGUAGCACACUAAUUGGCCCUAUAUUAGUUGACGAUAUAGACAAACAUCGAUGACAAUAAUUUCAUAUAUAGUCUGGUCGAAGAAAGAAUCUAUUUUGUUGUUGAUGCGUGUUCCACGAAUGCGUUUCCCCACUUUUUGCCUUUGACUGUUCCAAUUAUAUGUAGUUAGGGUUGCCACCUUUUACACAGUGAAAAGUAAGACACUUUAAAAUUGAAAGCGUAUAUGUUGGGUAAUGUGUAAGAUCAAGGUAAGGUUUUUUCAUUUUAUAGAAAUUAAUAAGAUCAUUAAAACCAAUAGACUUAAAUAACAACUUUUAAGUAGUGAUAAAGUUGAUGGAUUUAUGAUAUGUAACACAAUUUUAAAUAUAUUAUUAACAUUUCGUCACAGUACGUUGUAUACAUUUCAAAAUAAUGAGCAUGUUCAAAAUAUAUAAGGCUUUUUGGUUAAUCGAGUGAUUCAGAUAAGUCAAUUCAGUUUUCAUUAAUAAAUACAGUAUACACUUUAGAAUCAAGGAAGAAAGUACAGUACAGAAACGCCUGAAAGUUGAGUAGAUGGCAACCCUAAUUGCAAUAAAACCUCGAUGAAUCUUCAAUCUCAAUUAUGCUCUACAUUCACAGCAGUUUUCAUCUAAAACAGACUUUUUAGAUUCGAGUAUUUUUCUUGUUUUGCGAAACAAAUGAAAUUGAAUGUACCAUAUAAUAUCGAUCAUAUUGGUAUAUUGCGAUAUUAUAUUAUUAUUAUUAUUAUUAUUGAGGUUCUGCCGCAUUUCGAGCUCACAGAGCAAGGUAGCAUUGUAGACCCCCACCCUCACCCUCAAUCUAGAUCUAAUAUUGCAUAGAUGUCACUCUGAAAACGAGUCAAAUUUCAUCCAGAGUGAUAACUAACAAAUAACUAUUUGGAUACAUUUAUGGAAGAUAACGUAAUUGAAAGUGAAAGUAAAUAAGUUAGUUGAGACGUUCCAACUCUUUAACGUGAAUAUAUUUCGAAGCUUUUCUUGUUAAAAACUAGUUACAAGGUAAUUUAAAAUAACUUAUAUAGAAACACCAGAAAAAUAAUAUUUACCAUAAUACGAAGGGAUGUAUUUCUGAAAUGUUUCUAUUAGCUACAAAGUAAACGGUUAUUGAUUAUUUUAACGAUGAUCUGAAAAAGUGAUGGGUAAGUCGAUUCUUUCUUUAACCCGACUAUAAUUACGUUUACGUCGGUGACAGUAUUUUAGAUCCUCUUAGAUAAACGAAAUUCAUUAUAAUCAUGAGGAUAGAAUACUAGUAUUUUUUUAUAUUACUACUGGUGACCCAAUUGAAAGUAAAAUCAAUUUUAAUUACACGACAGUAUCUCCAUUUUAGAGAAAUUAUGGAUUGAAUCUUGUACGAAGUAACAUGUCAUGAUUUAUUUUAUAUUAAUUUCUAUUAGUACAAUUUGACUGUUAUCGGACAAUGAAAAUACCUCUAAUUGGUAUUAUUUUAGUAUAAAUAAUGGAACAAGUUAGAUUUUUCUUCAAGUGUAAAAAUUAAAAAUUCUAAGACUAUAUCAACAAAUAACAGAAAUAAUCAUUUUAUGUAAUCAAAAUUUGUAUGAUCGACGUAAUAAUUCAACAUAUUUGUUAUAUUUCAUUUAGUAACACAGAUUAAUUGAUAACGAUUAACUCAAAUAUUACAUUACAUGCAACUGCGAAUUCGGUUCAUAAUUUUUCUAAAAAUGAGAUUGACGACACUUAGUCGACAACGCUAAUUUAACAAUCGUUUUGAAAUUGGCUUCUCACUUGCUCGAACAGCUUGCACUGAAAUCUUGAAAAUUAACUGAACAUACAGUCGUACCUUAGAAUUACAGACUAAAAUGAAACGAAGGUUCACCCUUCUAAAUUCAUGAAAGUGUGCAAGUCAAAUUCUUGAAGUAUAUGUUGUUAAUUAUUAAACUUUUGUACCAAACGCUCAGGAAGCGAGUCGAAAAUUCAUAUACGAGCUUAUAGCACUCUGACGUGGCGAAGAGUCGCUGAUGGAUCACUGAAUAGUCCGAUCAAGAAAUUUAAUUUAAUAACGAUUAAUAGCAGUAGACUCGGCGCGAGGAAGGAAUUAAUAUACCUUUUUCUACAUUUUAUCGUUGCGACUGAACGAUACCGGACACGACUGCAGUUUUUCAAUUUCUCAGGACUGACGAAAUUUCAGUAUCCACUGACUGGACGGUAAAUUGAACGUAAUGUUAAUGUCCACGAAGUUAGACGUAGUAGUGUAUUCCUAUUUGUAACGCUGCUAAAACUGUUGUGAUGCGUUUUCAGAAUUUUCGAGCGUUUGCCUAAUCAUUUUCUUAUCAAGCGUUCCCUUCGAACCUCUUGAGCAAUCAGUUCGCGAAUUCAGAACCGAAGGUGCGAAAUCGCGACGAGCGGUGAUAACAAAUACGUGAAAGCCAAAUGCAGCAUUCAUUUAAAGAAUAGUUCGACGAGGAAACGUAACGUAAUAUUUUUCAUGUCGGUACUCUAAGACGUUCACGUUUCGAAAAUUUUAAGAGACAUUUCCAUCUCAAGUCUUUAAUUAUAAUCUGUCAGUGAAAAUACUUCAAAAUAAGUUCAUUUUAGAACGUUCUGAAAAUUUUUAAUAAAUUCUUCCUCUUACCAUUGCAAUUUUCAGGCAAGUUUCUUUCCUCCUUCAAAGAAAUUUUAAAUCUUAGAAGACGUUUAGGGAUCUUUUGAAAUUCAUUUGGGAUCCCUAGCUCCUCGAGAAAAAUUCAUUUUAUAAUAUUUUGAUAAUUUAAAGAAUUUCUUCCUCUCACCAUUCACCAUAUAGGGAAGUUUCUGUUCUCUUUCAAAGAAAUUUUGAAUCUUAGAAGAACUUUAGAAAUUGUUUGCAUUUCAAGUCCUUAGAAUGCGUUUUACCAGAUCGACAGAGUGCUCGUCAAGCAGAUUAGUAAAUAAGAAAAUGAAAGUAACUGCGUACACUGGAAUAAUUGUACGACAAUCCAUGACGAACGUUCGAAUUUGGACAAUCGUUUUUCUUUCACGACCUUUCCCUAGUUCGAAUCGCGUUAACGAAAAAGACACACCGACGUGAAAGGGGCAAAGACGGGCAAAAUUCUUAUCUAAUUAUAAUUUUCAAGUAACAAAUAAAAGAUACAUUACAAAAUUAAAUUGUAUUUCGCCAUAAAAUAGAAUUUGCAAAUUACAAUGAAAUUAACUUGAAUAAACAAUCACAAUACAUUAACACUUUGGAUUUUAAUAUAUAUGUUAUGUAAUUUAUUUACAUAUUUAUCCUCUAACGUUAAACGUCACAACAUUUUUAAUUAGAACUUUUAUAUCUAGAGAACCAAUAUCAUUCCUUAUUCAUAUUAUUGAUAAAUCAACCUGCUCGAUAAAUAAAUAGACCUGGCAACAAAUAAAUCGUUUUUGCUUAUCAUUCGAAUAAAAUCGACUGAAAUGAGAUUUUGCCCGUCUCUGGAAAGGGGCGCGUUGUUGUUUUCACCCCCCGAUGGCGAGGACGAAUCUUCCAUUUCGUGAAGGAGAUCGACGAUUACGUUUAAACGAUUUUUCAAUAAGAAGAAAGCGUUUCCCUUGAUAUGAACGUGCAUACAUAUUUAAGCAAAGUGUUCUAGUCUAUGUCUCACGAAUCCAUUUUUAGCCUUACGAGGUCGACGAAGCGAAUUUUCGACUGGUGGAUGAGACGACUGUCCGACUGAUUUAAACGAAUAAACAGGAACGAGGGAAAGUCACGUGAUCGGUUUAAACGUUAAAAGAUAUCCAAUUAAAUGCAGACUAGGCAAGCAUGAUUUAACAGUGAUCGAUGAAUCGCAAUACAGAGAUAAAACCACUCUGCUAACAGUUUAAGGGGUUUAACCCCCAUUCCGUAAUUAUAAUUAUUAGACUGCAUUUAUGGCAAAUGAAAAUAUGGGAAAGUGUAUGAAGAUGUUCACAAAUGGAAAAAAAUCUAUUCGAUAUUACCAAUAAUAGACAUGUUACACUGUUUCUAAGAAGCAGGAUUCUUUUAAACCGCAAUUCAUUAUCUGCAUCCGCCAAAAUAUGAAUUUCCAUGAUCAUCCGCAGUCUAAUAAUUACCGUUACGAUAGGCAAGAUUUUUUAGUUGAAUGUCUUUCUUACACGUCGUUUGAGUGAAAUUGAAAAAGGUGGUGCUGUGUUUUUAUAUACUACUAUAUUAUUCAUAUUAAUUACAUUUUUUGCAAUUAGUUAUGGUCUUAAGGAAGUUUUUUCAAUUGAAUGCAAUAAUAUUUCACGUGAUAGUGAAUUCAAUAAUACGUGGAACAAUUUUUAUGGAUUGUUGAAACAAUUUUUUCCUGUUUCAUUAAAAACGUAAGAAGAAAAUAGUAAAAGGUAAUUUCAUAGUGUCUUGAAUUUAAAAAAAUAUCCAUAUAUUAUUUAUAUUAGUCACAUUCUCCACUACAAAGUUCUCAUUUUGAACAGGUUUUCAUCGUUCACACAAGGAACUGAACUUGUAUUUAACCUCUUGAGGGAUGAAUUUCAAAUGGAUUUUAUUUACUCCAAUCGAAUACACGCGAACCAAAGCAAUUUUCAUCUGUAAAUCGAUUUCAACAUACAAAUAUGUUGUCUCACUUAAAUAUGGUAUAUUUUUUAAUUCCGAAAGGCAUCGUGAUCGUAAGUAAUUGGUCAUUUAGAUGUAAAAGCAAACGUGCACGUGUGUGUCAAUAUCCCUCUAGUUACGGUAAAAUUGUAUGUAAGAAUCUAUACAAAAAAAGUUUGAAAACGGUCAAAUGACCAUGAUACGUUUAGCGUCAACUUAGCGCUACUAAUCGCUUCUAAUAAUUGGCAUAAUCGAGGGUGAACGAUACCGAUGACCAGAUGCGUUCGCGUGCACCGUUUCAGGAUUCGUGUUUGCAUAGUCUGCGAUCGUCGCGUGAGAAUGUUGCGUAUCUCGCGAGAGUAACACGCUCCUAGAGCUACCCUAGUACGUAAAUCGCGAAACUCGCUUCGAUGCUCGUUCGAUGACUUAAUGACAAGGUUCGAGUUCGAAUCAGCGAGUACUUGCGAAAUGUUACCGAGAUCGUCAGAGAACGGAACACGAUUUCGUUACUCGACGAGGCCACGUUUGUCGACGAAGGUGUUCGAUUCCGUCGCUGUCUCGUUCCCUUCGCUCGGCUCUCAAACGCGAGGCUGUGAUCGACUGAAACACAUGGCCGAAUAUCGCAACGCGGGGCAAUUCGAUAAAACUUGAGUUUCGCGCGAAGACGACGAGUAAACACGCGAUUCGUUCGAGUUUGAUACGCCUUUGUAGUUUAUACGGUCUUCCCAUCGAUGCUUAACGUAUCCUCGUUGAGGGCUGCGUUUACAUCGCACGCUUUUUUCGCGCCACGAAGCUUUGCACGCUUCGUAGCUCGAUCCUCGUUUCGCUCGAAAUCGUUUACGGAGUGUCGUUGCUUGAAGAAAAAUGAAACGGAGUGGACGCCGCAUCGCGCUACGGCCUCUUUCCGCUGCCAGGUGUGCGAUGUAAACGCAGGCUUGCAAAACGCGUAAACCGAUGCGAGCGUGAGCGAAACAAAGCCGCGACGGGCGUGAUUUCUACGAGAACUUUUUGAGAAUGUUCGUUUACCCGAGGUAGGUUCGACACGCUUGACAGUCGUGCUUCUCCUAUUAAUCGAGAGAGAACGAAACAAAACGCUUGCCUACCUGUCUGGUAAUUUAUUUACCAAACGUUUCAUUUGUAUGAUGAUAUAAAGAAAAAAAAGGUAUCGAUCGUAGAACGAGUUUAGCGUAGAUAGGUUUCGUACUUCGUAUUUAAUGAACAUUAUUAAAUCAUUAUAUAUCCAGUAUCACAUGUAUUGGAGCUGAAGAUGACAAUGGAAAUAAAUAAUUGUAUCCGGA